UGAUGUUAACAGUGUCUGUUAAUCGAGGCGUUUUGUAACAAGUUCGCAUGAGCUUGGCGACUUCAAUUUAAUUGUCGAUUCAUUUUAAACUAGUUUUCUCUGUGACAAUGCAAAGUUUAACUCGCUUGUUAGCCAAUUGCACGCUGACGCUGCACCCACAACAGCAACGCGUCGUUGCCGCAGCGUUGCAACAACAACAACUGCGUACAAAGACAAAAUACGUAGAGAAACCGAAACCGGGAGCCGGACAACAAUUCCGGCGUAUUGUGCAUUUUCCCGAAGAGUAUACUGUGCAACCGCUAAAAAUCACACAUCUCGCUGGCCGAGAUCCCGUCACCGGUCGCAUGGUGGCCAAAGGCAUUGGCGGUGGUAUUAAGCAGCAAUAUCGUUGGAUCAAAUGGGUACGUGAUGGUCCCAGCGAAGAAGGAGCGACGCAAGAGGAGCGCGUUGUGGAGCUGCUGCGCGACGGCUGUCGCACCGCCAAAGUCGCGCUCGUCGCCGUGGGCGAUGAGCUCAAGUACAUAUUGGCCACUGAGAAUAUGCGUGAGGGCGACAUACUGAAGACAUCACGCUUCAUUCCCCGCAUACCAGUGCGUCCCAAUGAGGGCGACGCUUAUCCGCUGGGCGCCUUGCCGGCGGGCACACGAAUUCACUGCCUCGAGAAGAAUCCCGGCCAGCCUUGCCAUCUGAUCCAUGCAGCGGGUACCUUUGGCACCAUACUGCGAAAAUUCGACGACAAGGUUGUGGUGCAAUUGCCCUCCAAGCGGGAGUUUGCCUUCGAUCGCACCUGCAUGGCAACUGUGGGCCGAUUGUCUAACAUUGAGCACAACAAGGAGCACGUGGGCAGCGCGCAACGCAUGCGUGAGAUGGGCAAUCGACCACGCUCGGGUCUGUGGAAGCGCAAGGAGGGCAAACACGGUCGUAAGGUGCGUCGUUUGCCACCCAUGACAACGAUAGCGCCGCCAGCCGCGCCCAAGGAGCAGGAGAUUCGUCUGACACUCAAUUUGUAAUUAGGAGAGGCAAAUUUAUACCCUGUAGUCAGCUGGGUGCUUGGGUAUAUUCAUUUCAAGUUAAAUGGAAAUGUAUGCCCGCGUAUUUAAGUUAUAAAUCUUGUUUUGCUUUAGCCCGUCUCUUUCACUAAACAUUGAAAUUGUUGAAAACAAGCAAAGCAGUUUUUUAUAUCCGGUAGCUAAGGGGAAGAUGGCAUUACACCUGAGAAAUGUGUGAAAAUUGAAAUAUUAGCUAUUGAACCAAUUAUUUCUAAAGAAGUUAUACAUUAUACUUGAGAAAUAUUCCAUAAACUCCCUGGUUACAAAA